AACCUGCUUGUUGCGAUGAGAGAGUAGGGGGUGUGUGUGUGUACGGGGUUCUGGGGGGUGUGCGCAUGUGGGGGGAGUGCGUCCCCCAGGCGGGCUGGGGGGUCUCGGUGCCAGCGGACCCUCAUGGCCCUUCGCUGCCUUCUCUCCGCCAGCCUGUGGGGACCAUCCCUGACACGGUGCGAAGAUGAGCGGCUCGUCCGGCCUCGCGGGGCAGCACAUGCGGAGGGAGCAGCGGCUCCGUCGGGGGAGAGCGCCUCAGCUUUGAAGUGUGCAGACCUGCCACUGCUAUGGGUGACGCGAUCCUAGACCCAGCCCCUGGGAGACCCUUGGACAAGUCAUCCAGCCCAGCUUCCCAGGGGAAUGGCGGGACCUCUCUCAGUGUCAUCACGGAAGGCGUGGGGGAGCUGGCUGUCAUCGACCCCGAGGUGGCGAAGAAAGCCUGUGAGGAAGUCCUAGAGAAGGUCAAGCUGAUGCAUGGCAUCUCUCCGGACUGCUUGGCAAAACAAAGCAGGGGCAGUGAAGCAGAGGCUGCUCUGCGGAGCCGUGUGGAGCUGCCCAACGGAGACUUGGGACAGGGCUGUGAAAUCAAGUGCUUGGAUGACCCCCCAGGUACACCCUCCAAGAUCCAGGAGGAGGAUGAGACUGUGGCCAAUACGGUGAAGAGCGCCCGGAGGCGGCAGAAGAACAACUCUGCUAAGCAGUCUUGGCUGCUGCGGCUUUUUGAGUCCAAACUCUUUGAUAUCUCCAUGGCCAUCUCAUACUUGUACAACUCAAAGGAGCCCGGGGUACAAGCAUACAUUGGGAACAGGUUGUUCUGCUUCAGGAACGAGGACGUGGACUUCUACCUGCCCCAGCUGCUCAAUAUGUACAUCCACAUGGAUGAGGACGUUGGGGAUGCCAUCAAGCCCUACAUCGUGCACCGCUGCCGGCAAAGCAUCAACUUCUCCUUGCAGUGCGCCCUGCUGCUGGGUGCCUACUCCUCAGACAUGCACAUCUCCACUCAGCGACACUCCCGUGGGUCCAAGCUGCGUAAGCUCAUCCUCUCCGAUGAGCUGAAGCCAGCUCACAAGAAAAGGGAGCUACCGUCGCUGAGCCCAGCUCCCGACACGGGGCUCUCACCUUCCAAAAGGACUCACCAGCGCUCCAAGUCAGAUGCUACGGUUAGCGUCAGCCUGAGCAGCAACUUGAAACGGACCGCCAGCAAUCCCAAGGUGGAGAGUGAGGAUGAGGACCUCUCAUCGAGUACGGAAAGUCUUGAUAAAUCAUUCUGUUCCCCUGUCAGACUUGCCCCCGAGAGGGAAUUCAUCAAAUCCCUGAUGGCCAUCGGGAAGAGACUGGCCACUUUGCCGACCAAAGAGCAGAAGACUCAGCGCCUCAUCUCAGAGCUGUCGCUGCUGACCCAUAAGCUGCCGGCACGUGUCUGGCUGCCCACGGCUGGCUUCGACCACCACGUCGUGCGGGUGCCCCACACCCAGGCUGUGGUGCUGAACUCCAAGGACAAGGCUCCCUAUUUAAUCUACGUGGAAGUACUUGAAUGUGAGAAUUUUGACACCACUAAUGUGCCAGCGCGGAUCCCCGAGAACCGGAUCCGGAGCACACGGUCCGUGGAGAACCUGCCCGAGUGCGGCAUCACACACGAGCAGAGAGCUAGCAGCUUCACCACUGUCCCUAACUAUGACAACGACGAUGAGGCCUGGUCAGUGGAUGACAUCGGGGACCUGCAGGUAGAGGUAAGGCAGCAGGGGCCAGGCCCUAGCCCUCCAUUGCUGAGCCUGGAAACCCUGUGGGGAGACGUGCCUAGCCGUAAAACUCUUCCCUUAUAGCCGGAUGCGUUUGGAGGAGCCCUAGUUUCUACUUGGCGGCCUCCUGUUUCGGCAGUCCCUUCUACGGGGAGUCUCUGGAAGGGAAUGCACCAGGCUUUCCUCUGCGUGAUGCCUCUGCAGCUUUGUCUGCAAAAUCACCCUGCCUCCCAGCUGCCCCCUGCCCUCUGCGAGAUGCCAGGGAGCUUUGUCCUUUCUGCCCAUGAACACACGGCGAGUGCUGCUAAGUGCAUUCUGUCCAUAGCCAUCUCUGCCUUGGGCAAGACCUUAAAAGCUGGUCUCUGUUUACCCUGCAUGAGUGUUAAGAGAUUGCAGGACAUGGGCAAAUCCUUAUUCUUUACAGCCUGUUUGUCCAUAGUCCCCUCUUCCCCAUGCCCUGAGC